UUGUUUUUUACUCUGUUCUUUCUUUUUGAAACUCUCUUUCACUGAUUUCAAUCUAUCACCAGAACUGUCAUCAUCUUCUUCAUCAUCCUCUACAUCACCAACAACAACCUCAUCCUCACAUACUGCUGUUGAUACUUAUAUCCCAUCUUCCUCCGUUUGUCCAUCUGUCUUUCAUCAUCCUGUUCUUCUCCUUCCCCUGCCCUGAGUCUCUACACACUUCCUCUUCUCCCACCCUAUCCCUCCUUCUUGAUCUUCCCUCCCCCUCUCCCCUCCUGUGGCCAUGUUGGAGAACAUGUCUCGUCGGUCCCGCUCCCUGCUGUCCCUGACCCUGACCACUCUGGCUCUGGCCCUGUCCAUCCUGGCUCUCUGCACCUCCUACUGGUGUGAAGGGACUCACAAGGUGGUCAAGCCUCUCUGCCUGUCUCCGGUCAAGAUGAGGAACUGUGGUCAGAACAACAGUGAACCCUACACCACAGAGAGCCCAACUCAGAACCCAUACAACAGAACCCUGUCCCCCCAGAGGAAAUAGAAUAUUCUACUCUCCCCAGAGAGCCCAACUCAGAACCCAUACACCAGAACCCUGUCCCCCC